ACACUGCGCAUAUAGGUUUGUUGCUAUUAUCAUUAUUUUUAAAGCAUCCAUUUUAAACUCCUUUGGCCAAACUCGGAAUAAUUGGGGAUGGGUCGUGCAAACAAGUCGGCAUUGGGCAGCAGCAAAAGCAACAGUAGCAGCAGCGGUACCAGCAAGAAGAGUAAAAGGUCUGCUGCAAGCGACUCACGCCCAGGUGCUGCAAAGCCAAGAUCCGCCGCUGCCACCAUUGAAUGGCCGGCGGUGAAGCCAAAAAAGGGGCUGCAGCUGGCCGAGCUUGUAUCCGGCCAUAUAUUCUUGAUCAGAAAUCUCCUCAGCAAGCAAGAAUGCGACGCAUUCAUUCGCCUUGCGGAUGAUCUUUGCGUGCCAACACCGGGGGUCCCCAAGCGCGGCGAAGCAUUCCGCAACAAUGCCAGGUGGAGCGGGAUUGACACUCAGUUUGCCCAGGCGCUGUGGACUGACUCAGGAAUGGGCAGGCUGCUUGGAGGCUGGACCCACCCGGAUGGCAGAGAGCCAGUUGGCCUGCUCGAAAACAUCCGUCUGUACCGGUAUGGCCCAGGGCAGCGGUUUGGCAAACACUAUGAUGAUUAUUUUUUUGACCCGAAGGGCCGACGCACAGAGUAUACGCUGCUGAUAUACCUCAAUGCUGUUGAUGAUGAGCGAUUCGGGGCUGAGAAAGGCGGGCGCUCCUCAGGCGGUGAAACCGUGUUCUAUGCCGGAAGGAUGCAACCGGUAUCUGUCAAGCCUGAAAUGGGGCUGGCUCUUUUACACAAACACGGCGCUGACUGUCUUCAGCACGAGGCUCUCGAGAUUCAGAACAGCUACAAGUAUGUUCUGAGGUCAGAUCUUGUUUUCGACAGAGCUGGGAACGAGUGAAAGCAUAUGGAUUCAAUAAAACUUGCUAAUAGGGAAAGUGUAGUUCCAAUGGCCAAGGAAAAAGCAGCAGGCGGUAGAUGUAGUGACAGGAUGGUACAUGCUGUCAGAGCGGGUACCUACUGACAUUGGGAUGCUAUGGACCUGUCUGAGCAGUCAGCCAUCCAUGCAUUCUCCUGUGCAUUGCUGUGUCGAGUGAAGCGAUAUACACAGAGACGCUGCCGGUUCCUGGUGGAAUAGAUCAGAUCCUG